AUGUCGCUGCGGCAAUGGGUCCAGGGGACAGUGAUGGAUGUGGCUGGGAUUGAGAUCGAAAGGGGCGUACAAGUACAUGCUUCCGGCUAUCUGUUCGUCGCUGUGUUGAGUGUUCCUCCCUCUUCUUUCGGUGAAUUGGGGAGAUUACCAGGGAAGGCUGACUCGCUCGAGCUGUCCCUGUCUGCUGUCUGCUGGACGGCGGCAGUGCGCCGUGACGGCCCUUGGGCACACAUGCUCACCAUCUUCUUCAAGCUUCACCGUUCCUCUUCGGUACCUCGCCAUGCAGGGUCUGCUGGUAUCGGCUACCUGGGAUACCUGCUACCUCCUGUCACCUUUUGUCACCUUUGA